AUGGCCGCUUCGAGGCCCAAGUUGGGCGUUGGUGAGAUUGAGCGAGCGAGUUCUGGCUAUCGAUCUGUUGUUUACUUCGUGAACUGGGCAGUGUAUCAACGCAAGCAUAAUCCACAAGACCUCCCUGUUGACAGGCUUACCCAUGUUUUAUACGCGUUUGCCAAUAUCCGCCCCGAAACUGGGGAAGUGUAUCUCCCUGACGCUGAUGCUAGCGCGAAUCUGGAGAAGCACUAUCCCGGGGACUCCUGGUCCGAGACAGGCAACAACGUCUAUGGGUGCAUAAAGCAAUUAUAUUUAUUAAAGAAGUAUAACCGUAAUCUGAAAGUCCUUCUGUCUAUUGGAGGAUGGACUUACUCACCGAAUUUUGCUGCACCUGCGAGCACAGAUGCCGGACGGAAGAAGUUUGCACAGACAUCAGUGAAGUUGCUACAAGACUUGGGAUUUGAUGGAUUGGACAUUGAUUGGGAGUACCCAGAAGAUGACCAGCAGGCGGCUGAUUUUGUUCUCCUCCUUAAGGAAGUGAGGGCAGCACUUGAAAACUACAGCGCCAGACACGCCGAUGGAAAGAAAUUCCUUCUUACAGUUGCUUCUCCGGCAGGUCUAGAGAAAAUCAACCGUCUUCACCUCGGCGAUAUGGAUCAACAGUUGGACUUCUGGAAUCUGAUGGCAUAUGAUUAUACAGGCAGUUUCUCUGCCCUGACCGGGCACCAAGCCAAUAUGUAUAGUGAUGCUUCCAACGUCGGAUCGACCCCGUUUAGCACUGUAGAGGCGAUCAACUGCUACCUUGCUGCCGGAGUCCCUGCGGAUAAGUUAGUUCUCGGCAUGCCUCUUUAUGGCCGGUCGUUCACUGGUACCGAUGGCCUCGGCAAAUCCUACAAGUGUGUCGGCCGAGGCAGCUGGGAGAAAGGAGUCUGGGACUACAAGGCCCUUCCGCAGCCGGCUGCCGAGGAACAUGUUAUUCCAGAUAUUGUUGCAAGCUAUAGCUACGAUACAGCCAAGAAAACCUUAAUAAGCUACGACAAUCCCCAAGUGGCUCGGAUGAAGGGGGAGUAUAUCAAAUCUAACGGUCUAGGAGGCGCAAUGUGGUUCGAGAGCAGCUCUGAUAAGACAGGAGAUAAUAGUUUAAUUACCAAUGUAGUGGACGCACUUGGAGGAGCAAGCGCGUUUGAAAAGAGCCAGAAUCAGCUGGACUAUCCCCUCUCCCAGUACGAUAAUCUAAGGGGUGGCAUGAAUAAACAACGUGAAUUUUUUUAG